AAUUGAGUUUAGUAAUUAUUUAUUUGUUUAUAUACAUUUUUGUUUCCAGGGAAACAUGAUAUAUUUUGAUGGCAUUCUAUGACAAUUGGCCAAAAGUGGACCCCGAAGUCCUACUAUGGCUCUUAAUAGCUAUAUUAGUUGUAGAUCACAUGUGGGAGAUAAUCCUAACGAUGAGACAGAAACUGGUUUGUCUGAAUGCUAUAAUGGUACCUGAAGAACUGCGAAUGGUUAUACCUCCAGAGAUUUAUCAUCGUGCCCGAAUCUAUGAGUUGCAUAAGGCGGAACUUUUUAUAUGGAAACAUGUCAUUGAUAUGAUUUUGAGUGCUGUGGAGCUUUACUUCGGUUUCUAUCCCUUCCUCUGGGGUCUGGCUGUGAAGACUCUGAAACAUCUUACGAAAAAUGAGAUCUUUAUUUCGCCGAUAUUUGUAUUCUAUUUGACCAUCUAUAUAUGCCUGAGAUUUCUGCCAACUUUGGCCUAUGAUAAAUGCAUUCUGGAGCUGCGUUAUGGAUCGCAAAGAAGGUUUCCCUGCUAUUUGUAUUUCUGCAUUUCAAUCAUAGCGAUUCUCUUGAGUCAACUGGUCCUCGCUCCGUUCACCAUGGGCGUUGUGUUUUUUGUGACAUUAGUUGGCUAUUGGUUUUUCCUUUGGUUCUGGUUAAUAUGGGCUCUGUGCACUCUGAUGUUGGUCUUUUUGCUGCCCUAUUGCUGUAUUCCCUGCAUUGGUAGACAAGAGAGAUUGCCCCAAGGUCCUCUGUAUCAGGAUAUCAAGAAGGUUUGCGAUAUGACGGGAUUCCCCAUGGACCGUGUCUUCAUCAUACGGACCAAGACGAUGCAAUAUAGCAACGCAUAUUUCUAUGGCAGCUGUUGCCUGAAGAGAAUUGUGAUCUUUGACACGUUGCUGUACAAUAAGGGUCUGGAACCCUCCCAACUGCAGCCAUACGAGUUGGGCAGAGGUUUACCCAAUCAGCAAGUGGCCGGAGUGGUUGCCCAUGAGCUGGGCCAUUGGAAGUACGGACAUUUCUACAAGGCCACAGUGAUCAUGAAAGUUCAUUUCUUUCUCACAAUGCUGCUAUUUGGUCUAUUCUUCCAUUGUCCCCAACUCUACGAGGCCGUACGCUUUCAUCCUGGUGUGUGUCCCAUAAUUGUUGGCUUCAUCAUAGUUCUGCGCUUCGCCCUAACGCCGUAUCUAACGUUGGCCAAUUUCCUAAUGCUGUGGAAUCUGCGCCGUUUCGAAUACACAGCCGAUCGUUUUGCCCAUCAUUUGGGUUAUUCCAUUCAACUGAGGCAGGCUCUAAUCAAAAUCUAUGCGGAUCAUCUCAGUUUCCCCGUCUAUGAUAAUUGCUAUGCUCGUUGGCAUCACACCCAUCCCACAAUCUUGCAGAGAUUGGCCUAUCAGCAGAAACUCGAUGUGGAGAGUUAAUAGAAAAUGGGAAUCUAAAUUGUAUUUAAAGUAAUCUUUGAUUUUUGUUUCACUUAUUGUUAGAUGGAAAUAUAUAU